CCGUCUCCGCUGCGCAGGCGGGCGCGGGCGCGCGCCGCGGGCCCGCACGGUCCCCGCCGCCCGGGUGUGGGAUGGCGGCCAGCCUGUGGAUGGGGGACCUGGAACCCUACAUGGAUGAGAACUUCAUCUCAAGAGCCUUUGCCACCAUGGGGGAGACUGUGAUGAGCGUCAAAAUUAUCCGAAACCGUCUCACUGGAAUCCCAGCUGGCUACUGCUUUGUGGAAUUUGCAGAUUUGGGCACAGCCGAGAAGUGUUUGCAUAAAAUUAAUGGGAAGCCCCUUCCAGGAGCCACACCUGCAAAACGUUUUAAACUGAAUUAUGCCACCUAUGGGAAGCAACCAGACAACAGCCCUGAGUACUCCCUCUUUGUGGGGGACCUGACCCCAGACGUGGACGAUGGCAUGCUGUAUGAGUUCUUUGUCAAAGUCUACCCCUCCUGCCGGGGAGGCAAGGUGGUUUUGGACCAGACAGGCGUGUCUAAGGGCUAUGGUUUUGUGAAAUUCACAGAUGAAUUGGAACAGAAGCGAGCCUUGACGGAAUGCCAGGGAGCUGUGGGACUGGGGUCUAAACCUGUGCGGCUGAGUGUGGCCAUCCCUAAAGCGAGCCGUGUAAAGCCAGUUGAGUACAGCCAGAUGUACAGUUACAGCUACAACCAGUAUUACCAGCAGUACCAAAACUACUAUGCCCAGUGGGGCUACGACCAGAACACAGGCAGCUACAGCUACAGCUACCCCCAGUAUGGCUACACACAGAGCACCAUGCAGACAUAUGAAGAGGUUGGGGAUGAUGCAUUGGAAGACCCAGCGCCACAGCUGGAUGUGACUGAGGCCAACAAGGAGUUCAUGGAGCAGAGUGAGGAACUGUAUGAUGCACUGAUGGACUGUCACUGGCAGCCCCUAGACACUGUGUCUUCAGAGAUUCCUGCCAUGUUGUAGCCAGGACAUAGGACGGACUUAUCUGGGCAGUAGGAUUUUUUU